UGCGUCUCAGCCCGCGCUCUCGCAGCUCCACGCUCUGUCCGCCCGCCCUCCCGCUCCCUUGCUUGCUCGCGCUUUCCUUGCGGAUCGAAGAGACUGGCUACAGCUUGUGGCUAGGGAGGCAGACGGAGGCCGCAGCUCAGGGAAAGUGAAGCUGCAGUAGUAGUAGUAGUAGUAGGAAGAUGUCGGGCGAAGACGAGCAGCAGGAGCAGACUAUCGCCGAGGACCUGGUCGUGACCAAGUAUAAGAUGGGGGGCGACAUCGCCAACCGGGUACUUCGAUCUUUGGUGGCAGCUUCCAGCUCAGGUGUGUCGGUACUGAGCCUGUGUGAGAAAGGUGAUGCCAUGAUUAUGGAAGAGACAGGAAAAAUUUUCAAGAAAGAAAAGGAAAUGAAGAAAGGUAUUGCUUUUCCCACCAGCAUUUCGGUAAAUAACUGUGUGUGUCACUUCUCCCCUUUGAAGAGCGACCAGGACUAUAUACUCAAGGAAGGUGACUUGGUAAAAAUUGACCUGGGGGUCCAUGUGGAUGGCUUCAUUGCCAAUGUGGCUCACACUUUUGUAAUUGGUGUCACUCAGGGGACCCAGGUGACCGGGCGGAAAGCAGAUGUUGUUAAGGCCGCUCACCUCUGUGCCGAAGCUGCCUUACGACUAGUCAAGCCUGGGAACCAGAACACACAAGUGACAGAAGCCUGGAACAAAGUUGCUCACUCAUUUAAUUGCACACCAAUAGAAGGUAUGCUGUCACACCAGUUGAAGCAGCAUGUGAUUGAUGGAGAGAAGACCAUUAUCCAGAAUCCUACAGACCAGCAGAAGAAGGAUCAUGAAAAGGCAGAGUUUGAGGUACAUGAAGUUUAUGCUGUGGAUGUCCUGGUCAGCUCAGGAGAAGGCAAGGCCAAAGAUGCAGGACAGAGAACCACCAUUUACAAACGAGACCCCUCUAAACAGUAUGGCCUGAAAAUGAAAACUUCACGUGCCUUUUUCAGCGAGGUGGAGAGGCGUUUUGAUGCCAUGCCCUUUACUUUAAGAGCAUUUGAAGAUGAGAAGAAGGCUCGAAUGGGUGUGGUAGAGUGUGCCAAACAUGAGUUACUACAACCAUUUAAUGUUCUCUAUGAGAAGGAGGGUGAAUUUGUUGCCCAGUUUAAAUUUACAGUUCUCCUUAUGCCCAAUGGCCCCAUGCGGAUAACCAGUGGUCCGUUUGAGCCUGACCUCUACAAGUCUGAGAUGGAAGUCCAGGAUGCCGAGUUAAAGGCUCUUCUCCAAAGUUCUGCAAGUCGAAAAACCCAGAAAAAAAAGAAAAAGAAGGCCUCCAAGACUGCAGAGAAUGCCACCAGUGGAGAAACAUUAGAAGAGAAUGAAGCUGGGGACUGAGGUGGGUCCCUAUCCCCAGCUUGUCAUUCCUGCCUCCCUUCCCACGGCACCCCAGGCUCUGUGAAGUGCAGUUCGUCUUCUCCACCCAAGACCACCAGCAGAGCAGGGUCUUCUGCCCUCAUCCCUGUUUCCCCACCCACCCAUCCACUCCUUCCAACAAAAAACCAGCACCAACUGACUCUGGUGUUGGGAGGCCAGGCUUCCCAGCCACUGAAGACUACUUUCAGUAGAAAAAGAAAUUGAAUAAUAAAAUCAGGAGUCAAAAUCCAUCGUCGUCAAGCCCCUCUUUCUAGCCUUUUCUACUCUGCUUGGUUAAGGUUUGUGGCCACUACAACAGAACAGGAAGGAGGCUAAACUAGCCACUACAACUAAAAAAAAAAAUCACCUGAAAUUUUUUACAUCACUGAUGUCAUUUUAUUCUUUUGGAGGCUUCUUUUUCCCACUGUCAUCAAGUAUUUAGUCUGCCCUCAAUGAGGACUGGUUGUAUUUUUUUUAUUCACUUAAUGGCAGAUUUCUUGUCAUCUAGAGUAUCUGGUUAAGCCCUUCCCAUUUUUUAAGAAGCUAAAAUCUCCACUAAGAAGAGAUUUUUAUCAUCUAUCAAAAGGAUCCUCAUUUGUAAAUAUCUUUAGUCAUUUUGUUCUUUGGAGGCCCUCCAUUCACCCAUUUUCACAAAAUUGAAAUCCAUGCCUAGUGUUUACUCUCCCCCCUCCCUGGAACCAGUGGAUUUCCCCUCACUUGAUUUUACAACUUACAUUGAAAAUCCCAUUGUGUGUGUGUGUAUAUUUUGGUUUGAGACAAGGUCUCACUAUGUAGCUCCGGCUGGCUUCAAACUCACUGUGUUUACCAGGCUAGCCUUGAACUCAGAGAUACAUCUGCCUCUGUCUCCUAAAUGCUAGAGUUAAAGGUCUUUGCCACCACACCCAGAUUCCCAUUUGACAUAUUUUGAGUUUCCUCUCAUGAAAGGAAAACCGGGUACCAGAGGAGUAGACUGAAGAGAACUGACUUUCUGAAGCUGUGGACUUGUAUGACUUGCUGGGGGUUUGUAGAGAAUGGUUAUAAUUUGUACCUCUGGCAUGCUGUCCAGGGAACCAGGGUUCCCAUUAAGAGGUUUUUGAAAUGACAUGGCAUUAAAAUAAAUUUGGAUUUGCUCAUAA